UCCCCGGCUACGCAGACGACAGCAUGCUCUUCAUGAUGCGCUACGGUGCCUUGGCCAAGGAGACGCUACGCAAAGUCGACUGGGACGAAUUCCAGCUUCGCAUCUCGGCCAUGAACGCCCACUGGUUCAAAAGCCACAAGAGCAAAAGCGGUGCUGCAAGCGACGACAGCGUCACUGACGUCGUCGGCUCCCGCGGCAAUGCCAAAGACUCGCCUAUUGUUGCAGCCACUGGUGCUGCUGCUUCUGACGAUGCCGCGGAUCCGGCUGAGCCUGAGCCUGAGCCUGCGACGGGCCCCGAGGCCGCAGAGCUCAAGGCCCGGACGCUGGAGCUUAUCCAGGACUUUCCGCGCCUGGUGCGCGAUUUUGACAGGUUCAUCGAGUGUACAAGGAUCAUGGCGGCGAGAUAUAAGCGGUAGACGGAAAAGAUGGAAGGCGGGCAAAGGAAAAUAAGAAAAGACUAAAUGCAUAAUACCUACCUAAUACUUUCACGCAAAAAGCUAUGAUGACCGAAAAUGGAUACCUCGUAUCAAGGCGGUAACGUUGAAUCCAGCUUUAAAAUUGUUUCAUUAAAACAGCUUUUCAUGUUCUAGACAACUUUUUUUUUUUUUUUUUCAAUAAUGGCAGGGAUUGUUAUCAUCUCACCUUUGCACACCCCCCCUUACCUAGUAUAGUAGCAGCAGGUAGCUUCAAUAGCUGCCCCCGUCCAUUCCAGUGGUAUUGAACAAGCACGUCUUUUCGAAGCCCAUCACACAUCACACUAAGAGGAAUACGGCGCCUGUCACGAUUCCAACUGUCAUCUUCAAACUAUUGUUUCUUGGGCGCACACAAGAGAAAAAAAGAAAAAAGAGGAACCAUUUGUUUCUAGGGAAUUGCCUUUUGCAUUAAUUACUAUUAUCUGUAUCCGGCUAUCCAAAGAGAAAAAAAAGAAUUGCGAAGACCACCUCUCGCACCACUCCCAAAUAAAAAAGUCCGAAGUCAGAAAAUGAAGAAAUUUGUUUCGUAUCACAUCUGCCCGGCGCAUCACAAAUAAAAAACACACAAAAUUAUUUCCAAGUCCAAAAAAAAUGUAGAGAAAAAAACGCCAUCUUUCCCGCGGCAGGCGAACACACACAUCUAUAGAUGGGGGUAUUGUAAGCUGCACUUUAAUGCAAAAAUCGAGAAAUAAAGCAAAAAAAGAUUAGAAGUUGAAGAGAAAAAAAAACGGUCUAAAAAACAGAUGAAAUCUUUUUUUCUGCCGCGCCUUAGUAUUUGCUUUUCCCCCGAGCCAGCCGUUGGUAUAAUUAAAGUUGGCGGAGGACCCGAAAUGUUGCGGCCCCGCGGUCUCGCCGGCUCCGGAGAGGGAAGAUAUAAACAAAAAGGGUAGAUUGUCAUCGCUUUAUCCCAGUGAAGAAAAAAGCGAUAUUGCCGGCGACUUCAGUGUCUUUUUCGCAUCUUCUCCAUCGUUUCCCUCAUAUUUGGAUUCUCUUUCCUCCCGGUCCCGUAAAAGUUCACAAAGCUCGCCCUAUUAGGUCCUCAAGGCGUCGGAAACCAUUUAGUAUGGAAAAAAAUGUCUGGUUGAUAAGUCGCUUAGAGGGCGGCAGCGAGGACGGCAGCAGCGCCGACGCCGAGGAGGACGUUCUGGCUCAGGGAGUUGGCGCCGUUGGUGGGAGCAGAGGUGGGCUUGCCAGUGCCGGUGACGCUGGUGCCGUUGGUGGGAGAAGCGUGACCGCCGGUCUGGGCCAUGGCGGUGGCAGCGAAGAUGGCGACGAAGGCAGCAGCACGCAUUUUGAUGGUGGUUUGGGGGGUGUUUUGGUGUUUUGGGGUUUGAAGGUGAAGGUUGUUGGAGUGGUAUUAACGAAUGUAGUUGAAGCUUGAAGAGUUCAAGAUUGCA